CAACAAGCCAGUCGAAGUCAACUCGUCAAAUACGACGCGCGGCACUGUGGUGACCGUAAACUCGGAAGUGCAGUGUAUAACCAGCCUUAUUGACGUUUUAUUUGAAUUUCGGUUUUCUUUUUUUUUUAAUAAAAGGACUGCCAAGGAUUCUUGGAAAUUCGUAAGUAGGUACCCGCGAGUCAACUGCACUGUAUAAUACUUUACUAGAAGAAAUUAAAUAGUCUCACUUUCGCCCGUACAGCACGCGCACCGAAUUUUCUCACGGAGAAACCGUGCGAAGGAAAAUACUAAGAAAAUGUUCUUUACCACAAUAAGAAGCAAAACCCGAUGCGGCAGGUGAACCAUGAAAGGGUUACGAAUUUCAAGCAAAAAUGCGAAGACGCUACCACGUGUGAGAUUAAAAUCAGAGCAUUACAGAUGUAUCCAAGGUGUGCUUUGGUUGCUGCUUGGUCUCCAACUCGUAGCAGCCAACAGGCCACCGCGGUUCCUCAUUGAUGGACGUUCAGAAAUUGUUAUAAGGUUAAAAGAAGGACCUGAUACUCCUGUAGGUAGUUUAAUAUACAGGUUAAGGGGUAUUGACCCCGAUGGAGACGCGUUACGUUUCGGUAUACGGGAGCAAGUCGGUAGUGAUAUAAUAAGAAUAGAAGCCAUUUCUUCCAACGAAGCUAAUAUUUAUUUAGUUAAGGAAUUAGAUAGAGAGGUGCGUGAUGAAUAUUCGUUUGUGCUAACGCUCACAGACGGCCAUUUGGGGGACGGGAACUUCAUUACGCAAAGCUUUCUGCUAUUAGUAGAGGAUGUGAAUGACAACGAACCCGUGUUUAAGCCCUACCCCUCAGCAAUAACAGUCAAGGAAGAUGCGCCCCCUGGUGUGUUGUUCACGGUCGAAGCGACUGAUCUUGAUGAAGGCGCUUAUGGACAAGUACUAUACAAUUUGCAAGAACUCGACGGUGAUGUAGACAAUUUCGCAAUACAAACGGUGAACGGCAAAGGUGUGAUACGUCUAACAAAUCGUUUGGAUUAUGAGCGCAAGUCGCUUUACCAACUGCGGGUGCUGGCGGUGGACAGAGCUAACCAGGGCCGCGUGAACACGGGCACUGCGGCUGUGCUGGUGAAAGUCCAGGAUGUUGAGGACCAGCCACCAGAGUUUGUGGUUGCCAGCCCUGUUACGAGGAUAAGUGAAGAUGCAGCUGUUGGAACUUCUGUGUUGCAAGUGCGAGCCAUUGAUGGUGACAGGGGCAUCAACAACCGCAUCUCCUACAGCAUCAUAUCAGGUGGUGAAGAGCACUUUGACAUUGACAGCAGUUCAGGCACAGUAUACACUGUCAGCCCCCUGGACAGAGAAGACCCUAAUAAUAGCAAUGGAGCUUAUAUACUGGAAAUUUUGGCUACUGAGGAGUCUCACACUGUGUCCCCAUUACCCAGUGCUACCACAGAAGUGACAGUCAUCAUCACAGAUGUGAACGACGAGAAGCCCAGGUUCAGGAGCCUGAGAUAUGUUGGUGAGGUGAUAGAGAACGCUCAGCAAAAUACACCUAUUACAUUCCUACAAGAUGGUGUCCCAGAGGUGUUUGACUAUGACCAAGGUAAAAAUGGAACAUUUGAACUUUACUUAGUAGGUGACAAUGGCGUAUUUGAUGUCACACCUUUCAAAGGAAUCAAUGAAGCAUCGUUUCUAAUAAGAGUGAACAAUCCAUCAUACUUGGAUUAUGAGAAAGUGACUGUGAUGAAUUUUAGUAUAGUUGCCAAAGAGAUUGUAUCCAAAGAUCCCAAAAUGAGUGUUGUCCCAAUGAUGGUACACAUAAAGGAUGAUAAUGACAACUUCCCUGAAUUCACUGAGUCUCUAUACACUGUGUCCAUACCGGAGAACUGUGGGGUUGGCACUACUGUUGCAUGGGUGCAGGCCUUUGACCAGGAUUCUGAUAAUUAUGGCACUAGGGGCAUUCGAUACACCAGUUUAGGAGGCAGCAUUGCUCAUUUAUUGUUCCUUAAUCCGAUAUCAGGCGUUAUAACAGUAAAGGAGGCGGGUGACGACAGCUUCGACCGAGAACUGGUCUCCAGGCAUUACCUUACUGUGGAGGCAAGAGAUGAUCAGGGUAAAGGGAACCGGAACACUGUUCAACUGAUAAUAAACAUAGAAGACGUGAACGACAACGCGCCGAUGUUUCUCGCCAACAAGUAUGAAGCGAGGCUGUUGGAGAACGAGAAAGAAUUUGAAAACCCACUCGUUUUGGAGGCAAGAGACAUCGACUUAAAUGGUACAAAAAACAGUCACAUAGAAUAUUCAAUAGUAGAGAGCGAUUACAGACGCAACUUCUCAAUAGAUCGUUACCUAGGCAUCAUCACGCCGGUCGGCGGUCUAGACUUCGAACAGAUACCUGGCGAUAACAGUAAUAUUCGACCCAUACAUUUAACUGUUAAAGCCCGAGAUUUUGGCAUACCGCCCCUUUCGUCGACCGUGCCUGUCACGAUAUACGUGCAAGACGUCAACGACCAUGCGCCGCUGUUCAAUCAGAUGAUCUACAAGCGAUCCAUUCCCGAGGACAUGCCGGGCGGUACCAGCGUGCUUGAGGUGAAAGCGCGUGACGGCGACGGAUCAUCGCCCAACAACCGCGUGGUGUAUCGAAUACAACGCGGCGCAAGCGACAAAUUCGUGAUCGACUCUCGAACGGGGCUCAUUUCUGUCGCCAACGGUUCUUCGCUGGAUCCCGAUAGAACGGAUCCGAAGAGCACAAAAUACACUCUUACUGUGGUGGCCCUAGACGGUGGAAUAGGAGAUCAGCAACUGAGCGCAGCAGUUCUAGUCAACAUUACCAUAGUAGAUGUUAACAACAAACCUCCGAUCUUGGUAGAACCUGAGACAGUACAUGUUAUGGAGAACACACAGGUCGGAACAAUAAUAUAUCGGGCCCAAGCUUAUGAUUUGGACGAGCAGCCAGUACUUCGAUUCGCUUUGGACAAGACGGCAAGCUACGCUAAGAAUGAGGACGGUGUACCUGUACCUAUCACUGAAUACGAUUACCUGUCGUUGUGGGAUUUGAAUACUGUGGAUGGGACUUUGAGAGUUAUGCGGUUAUUAGACAGGGAAAAAGUUGAAAUCAUAAAACUGGCGAUAACAGUGGAAGACAUGGCGGCCAUAGACGGGGGUCCGAUACAGACCGCGGCAGCGACCUUGACCAUCAUAGUGGAAGACGAAAAUGACAAUAACCCAAAGUUCAGAAAGCCGUUCUACAAAACAUCGAUCACGGAGAACUCUAAGAAUGGCAUGCAUAUUGAAACUGUUAUAGCUGAUGAUGCUGAUAAGAAUCGGACCAUGGCGUAUUUUCUUGAAGGACCAGAGGAACUGCUAAAUUUAGUGCACAUGGAAAGUACAACCGGGGAAUUGGUGGUGGCGAGCAAAAUAGACCACGAGACACAUUCAUGGUUGAACCUCACCGUGAAAGCUGUGGAUAGCGGCUUGCCCCCUCGAUACGCUGUUGUGGAAUUGUUUAUACAGGUGUUAGACGAAAACGACAACAACCCUGUGUUCGAAAUGUCGCCGUUUGAAUACCGGGUGAAGGAAGACGUGGAGCUGGGUACUACCAUAGCGAAUAUCAUAGCGAGGGACGCUGAUUCCGGGGAGUACGGGAAAGUCACUUAUCUCCUCGACAGAGUUACUACCCAGGGCAAGUUCCUAAUAAAUGCAGACACGGGUGCUCUGAAAGUGUCUGACUGGUUGGACCGGGAAACGCAACCGUCAUACAACCUCGUAGUGGAAGCGUGGGACAACUACCAGUUUGGCUACCUGAGUGGUGAGAGCAGGAAUGCUUUCAAACAGAUUAUCGUGCAAAUAGAAGAUGUAAACGAUAACCCACCCAUACUAAACCUACCAUCGGAGUGCACGACUAUAACAGAGUUCCACAACCACCGGGAACCGAUCGUAUCUGUCUCAGCCACGGACGCUGACGACAAUAACACCCCUAAUGGACGCGUGCAGUUCCAUCUAGUGGCGGGAAAGGGAUAUGACCUAUUCCGAUUCGAGCAAGUAGGAGGCGAUGCAAACACCGGUCGUCUUUUCGCAAAGCAAUCCCUGAAAGACCGUUUUGGCAACUAUACCUUGAUAGUGGAAGCGCGAGACCUUGGUAUACCGGCUAACGUGGUGAGAGGGGAAUUGCAGCUUUGCGUCACAGAUUACAACGACCACGCGCCUAUAUUCGUACACCCGCCUCAGAACGUCACUAUUAAAGUACCUGAGAACGCAACAAUAGGCACUACGGUUUUGGAGGUCCGUGCAAUAGAUGCGGACAUAGGACCCAACGGGGCAGUCCGGUAUAGACUAAGACAGGACGCACAGGGCUCUUGGAGGUCGUUCUCUCUGCAUGCUACGAGUGGGGCCUUGAGAACCGCUAGAUCACUGGAUCGGGAUAAACAGACUACAUAUCAGCUCAGAAUAGAAGCAUACGACCUCGGUCUCCCAACGCCGCUCAGUUCAGACCUCGACCUCACAGUGUACAUACAGAACGUCGACAACUACCGUCCCCGGUUCCCAUACAAACACAUACACUUGAACAUCACUGAGAACGUUAAGGACUAUAGCACGUACCUGCCCAGUGUGAUAGAGAGAGAUGAGAUAGAUCGGGGGGAUGAGCCGGUGCUGCCCGUGUGCUAUUACAUUGUGGAGGGGAAUGAUGAUGGCAUGUUUGAUGUUGACAGGAAUACGCAUCGGUUAACAUCAAAAUCUCUGGAUAGGGAAGAGAAAGCGCAAUAUUUGCUCACAAUACUGGCGACGGAAGAUUGUUUGACGAAACCAGUGUAUGAUGAAAACUUGCACGGUAUCAGUACGCUGAAAGUUCAUGUCUUAGUGAAUGAUGUUAAUGAUAACAGUCCGCAGUUCUUGAGCAAGAUAUUCACCGGUGGGGUCACAACAGAAGCUGAUUUUGGUAUAGAAUUCAUGCAUGUAAAGGCAAUAGACCUAGACGAAGGUAUGAACGCAAAAAUAACCUACUACCUUAUUGGAGACGUGAAGGAAACUCUGACGGAAGGUCUAGAAAAUCUGGCUGUGUCGCCGUUUUUAGUGGGCGUUGAUACUGGUGCUGUCUCACUCAACUUCGACCCGCAGAAAGGGAUGAAAGGAUAUUUUGAUUUCAAGGUUUUAGCUAACGACACGGACGGUCUAGAGGACGAAGCCCACGUGUUCAUAUAUCUCCUUAGAGAGGACCAAAGAGUGCGUUUCGUUUUACGCGCGCAUCCUUCCGAGAUUCGCGAUAAAAUCAACACGUUCCGGGAACAACUCGCGCGUGUAACGAAUUCUGUUGUAAACAUCGACGAUUUGAGAGUCCAUGAAAACAAAGAUGGUUCCGUGGAUAAUACUAAGACUGAUCUGUAUUUGCACCUCGUUAACGGAGAGGACCAUUCGGUAUUAGAAGUGGACCAAGUAUUGAAACUGGUUGAUAAGAAUAUUGAGCACCUUGAUGAAUUGUUUAAGGAAUUCAACGUCCUGGACACCCAGCCUGCGGAGUACCAGCCGCUGACUGCGGACUCUCUUUCGUCAAAUCAGACGGUGUACUGGCUGGUGUGGACCUCGCUGUUCUUGGCCGUGCUGCUGGUGCUCGCCGUCAUGACGUGUCUGUCGCAGCGAGCGGACUUUGUCAGGAAACUGAAGGCCGCCACUGCCGCUGCUUACUCUUCCCCAACACCAGGCGAGUCGGACAUGACGAUACGCAGCUCGGGCGGUCGAGUGCCCAACACCAACAAACACACCACCAAGGGCUCCAACCCCAUAUGGCUCCACGCUUACGAAAACGACUGGUACAAGUCAGAGGAGCAACUGAGUCACUCCGACAGAGACUCCCUCGACGAAAACGCAGUUGACCAAGACAUGUCCAACGAAAAGCCCUACUUCAUAACCGCAGCUGCCUUUCCCCCCACACAGCCUGAGGGCGAAGCCGAACCGGACCCAACAAGCUACGAUUUCUACCAGCAACUCGAACAGAUGAAAAACGCCAAAAACAUGGAAACGACUGAGCUGUAACUUGUAGGAUAAAAUAUGUGCCUUUUUAAAUUAUGUACCUAUAUUUAUAUAGUUUGUAUAAUAAAUAUUUAACUACAGAACAAUAGGCAGUGGUGGCAGUCCGCCUUGGGACUCAGGAUUUCACUAAAGGACUUCUUGUUUGGAGGCCUCUUGUCCCAAAGUGUAAGAAGUCCUAGUUCCAAAUGUGUUCAGUACAUAAAUUAAAGCCUUUUUAGACCUCUGCCUCCAUAAAUUCAACCACAACAGAUACGAUUGUCACGUGAUAAAUCUUCACAAAACUCGUGCUAACCCCCUUUCGUGAUAAUAACUUUGGAAUCGGAUGGUCGAGCGCGAUAGUUGUGAUUAUCACAUUGCUAGUCUUAAUGGUAGUAGAUUAUUUGCUGAAGAAUUUAUAUCUAUCACAACUUCAGUGUAUAACGAGAGAUGCUUGCGUUAGAACCACCUAUAGCUAUCAAAUAGGUAAACGUGGUAGGUCUGUAUAGGUGUGAAAAGGCUUGUAGACCUGCGUUAGAUUCUUUCAUUACGGAUAAUUAUUUAUUAUUUAUUGGCUCUGCAUCAAAUAAAGGCCAAUAUUAGUCUUGUAUGUUUACUACGUUUUGCAAUUCACUGCCAAACCCACGCUUUUUUUUGUAAUAUCAAUUCCUUUAUUUCAUUCUAGACUCAGCAUCAGACAACGACAAAUAAUUAGGAUACAUUUAUUUAUGUAUGUAACAAAGUACAAUUGUGUGAAAGCUAUCUUAUAUACCUAUCGUCUAAUCUAUUUUACGAGAUAAUUGUCAAUAUAAGUAACAAAACGUUUGUAUCAAUCAAUGUUAUGUUCUGAUGCUACAAAGUGAAUACAUAGUUAUGUACCUACCUAAUUAUUGUCAACUGCCAUUUCGAAUGAAAUUAUUUAUGUAUUUUUAGUUUCUAUAUUCUAUCCAUGGGAAGAUGGCGCUCUCUUUGAUACAAAUGAUAUCUACGCCAAAAUUUCAGUAGAUGUUAACCAUUUUGAGUCACCAGUACAAAUACUCAUCACUGAACCAACCAAUCACAGACAUGUUUUCAAAAAAACAUUUGAAUUUCGAAUCGAAUUUGAACAAUUCGAAAAUAUUUUAAAAACCAUUCGAAAUUCAAUUAGAAACCAGUUUUGUUUGGGAUUGGUUUAUGACUCCAAGUGGUUAGCGCCCACUGAGAUUUUUGUCUCCAUCAUUUGUAUGGGUUUACGUAACAGAGAGAGCGCUAUAGCUAACUUCUUUCCGUGGAUAGGGCAUAGAUAGGUGCCCCGCAUAUUCUGUACCUACUAUUUUAUAGCGAACGUAAUGAAUAUUGUAAAAUACCGGAUAAAA